CAAGAGGCUUUCCUUUCUCUGGCUGCCCUAUUCUCUCAAAAACAGCAGAACAAGUGGUAGGAUCAUACUGGAGUGCAGACGGGAUGUGGAGGCUGCCAGAGAUGGGGAGAGAAUAAAGAACCAAGCAAGCAGUUGCACUUUAGCUCCAGCAGAGGAUGGGAGCAGAGAAUCAUUAUAAUCUUUAAAAAGAACGAGGAGUACUUGUGGCACCUUAGAGACUAACACAUUUAUUUAUAAUCUUUAUAAAUCCUAAAACAGAUUAUUUGAACCAGUUCUUCCAAAGAAAUGUGAGAAACAGCUGAAACCGACAAAAGAUCAUUCAAAUGAAGGAAAUGCAACAUGAGAGGUAAAGCUAAUGAAGGUUAAUUCAAGAACUUUUGUGGGAACUGUGACGAAUCACAAGCCCAGUAUAUUAUUUCCCUUAAACAAUAGCUACAGAUUCCUGUCAAAGGCUUCGGGGCAGACUUCAGAUAGGCACACUCUGAGUCGGUGAAUUCAGCUGUCAGGAAUGGAGGUGCUACGCCGUUCCUCGGUCUUUGCUGCGGAGGUGAUGGAGGUUUUUGAUCGGUCUCCCACCGACAAGGAGCUGGUGUCCCAGGCUAAGGUGCUCUGCAGAGACUACAUACAUUCCCGGCUGCUUCGGGCUGGCAUUGGCUGGAGCAAACCAGAGCACAGUGCACCCAUGCCUGGCGGCAGACUGGCUGAGGUGUCCAGCGUGCUUCUGCGACUAGGGGACGAGCUAGAAUACAUCCGACCAAACAUUUACCGGAAUAUUGCCCGCCAGCUGAACAUCUCACUGCACUCCGAGACCGUGGUGACUGACGCCUUCUUGGCAGUAGCAGCCCAGAUCUUCACAGCAGGAAUAACUUGGGGCAAGGUCGUGUCUCUCUAUGCUGUGGCUGCUGGGCUAGCUGUGGACUGCGUCAGACAGGCCCAGCCAGCAAUGGUGCAUACCAUUGUGGACUGCCUGGGAGAGUUUGUCCGCAAGACCUUGGUGACGUGGCUGAAGAGGAGAGGCGGCUGGGCAGACAUCACAAAAUGUGUGGUGAAUACUGAUCCCAGCCUUCGCUCCCAUUGGCUCGUGGCUGCUAUUUGUAGCUUUGGUCACUUCCUGAAGGCCAUCUUCUUUGUGCUGUUACCAGAGAGAUGAUUCCAGUCACCAAAUGCGGCCCCAAGCCCCAGCUCCUCCCCCACCCAGAAGCAACAGUAACCAUAGACCUUUUGAUGCUGAAGAGGAGGAAAAGAAGAGAGGCUGGGACCAACAGAAACAUUUCUCUCCUCUCCCUUCAGCAGGGAGCAGCUACCCAACUGUAAACAUCCUUUCCUCUGUGACAGGAGGCUUCUCUCACA